AUGGCUGAGACCAGCACCGAUCCAGCACCAGAUCAUGCUGGGGCCGCAUACCCCAAACCGGCAGGCUGGGAGUACAUGACCCAUGAGGAACGAUACGCCGCCCUAAGAUCCGAGCCCAAGCCCGACUCCGAAUAUCUUCAAAAAGCUCUCGCCCAGGCCAAACAAGAUGUCCUGCGCGACGAGCGCGACGAAAGGAAAGCAAUCACAGAAGCACGCCAAAUUACGGUCCUCGCCGAUGCGCCCCACUUCACAAUCUCCCUUACCGCCCCACCCACCCUUUCUCUGGCACAAGGCAUCUACCCAAUUGCAGCAAUCCUAACAUACACUUCCGAUCCCGCCUCCACUACUUUCACUACUCAAGCCGCUCGUCCUGUCCUUUUCCGUCCUUGCUACGGUCCACUCUCCCCAUCCGCCCCGAAUGAAAACUUAUAUUCCGUUUACACCACCCCCACCUGCACGCCCGAAUGUCGAAUCCCGCACGUCCGACCUAACGCCUCCAUACGCCCGCCCCGCGAAGCCGAUGGCAGCUUUACCAAAGAGCUGGAAGUCACAAGCUGGGAUGGAUGGGAGGAAGCACACCUUGGAGACACUGUGAGGAAGGAGGUGGCAAUGGGCUUGGACGAGAGGAGUGGGUGGAGCGAACACUUGGAGACGGGGAAGAGCUACUGGUUGCGGUGUGAUGACGCGGGAUUGUUGGGAGUGGGGAGGUUGGGUUUGGAUAGGUAUUGGCGGUAUGGGGAUAAGGACAGUGUGGAAUUGCCGAUGAAAAUCAAACUAAGGGAUCCGGAAGCAGUGAGCAUACCCUUAGAGCCGAGCAAUGUGGUAGAGUUCCAGGUGGUGCAAUGA